AUAGAAAAAAAAAAAGGUACACACACAAAGCAACAUAUCAUCCAAAUUACCUCAUGGCUAUUUGCAUAAAGGAUCCAGAGGCAGCACAGUAUAAGUACGGAGACACAAGCCAUCCAAAGGGAACUUAGCAGCAGUUCGAUUGGAUACUGCAUUUGUUUGUAGCACAGAAAGGGCAACUUCUAAGCUCAGAUGUGCAAACAGCUUUAAAGGACUGAGCAAUCUCUUGGCAGAAGCAUCAAGCAAAAAUCUUAAACUACAAAGCAGCCUCCCCGCGCUUCUCCCUGCCAGGGAAGCUGCAGGUGCCGUGGCACAAUGCGGGCUCUCCAGCUGCCACUGCUGCUCCUCUGCCUGAGCCUGGGCGCCGACUGCCUGCGCCGCAGGCAGCCCCUUCUGGACAGAGGCGACAACUGGGAACAAAGGCCCUUGGAUGACAACACGCAGGAGGCAGAAAGCCUCAUCCUUCAAUCUGUCCUCAAGAAAGCUGAGGAAGAAAAGAUCAGUAAAGAAUCAAACACCCCUCUGCCAGAAUGGCUUUCCAAAAGACAACAUCCUGGAAAGAGGUAUCUAAGUGACCUGGAGAGGAGACAGCAUCCAGGGAAAAGAGAGGAAGAAGGUGACCUUGACAGCUACCUGGAGCUGAAAAAACGACAGCAUCCUGGCAGACGGUCAUUGUGGGACCAGCAUGCUGACACCCCUCGCGCACAGCUAACCUACUUGAAUGAGUUAUCCAAAAGACAGCAUCCAGGCAAAAGGUAUCUGACGUACAAGCUUCAGCAUCCUGGCAGUAGAGGCUGGAAUGAUGAGCGAGACCUGAGGGACCAGCAUGUGGAGAAACGCCAGCAUCCUGGGAAAAGGUACUUGGAUACUAAAAACCCAUAUUAUGCAGCCCCCUGUGACUUUCAGGAGUCCUUCAGCUGCAAUGAAGGCAGUUUAUUGCUUGAUUUAGUAGAAAAUGUCAGCAGGGUAGAAGAAAAACGUCAGCACCCAGGAGGGGGAUUAGCAUGGGAGAGUGAAGCAGAGGAAUGA